GUUAAACCAUUUCAUUGUCUGAUCAUAGUGUCGGGUUAAUUCAUACCAAAUUUCAGACAUUUUUUGAAGUUAUGGGGUGCAGAUCGGACAAAAAUUCGAAAUGCGACUCCACACGACCUUUAAAUAUUACAACGUUACAGAAAAUAUUUCGAAGUUUUGAUGAAAACAGAUAAAACCAAAGAAGUUCGGUCAGUUUUUGAAUUUUUGAAUUUAUACCAUAAUUUACUAUAAAAAGAAGUCAUAAUCCCAGUUACAAACUCCAAAAUGAAUGGUAUGGAACAUUUGCUAAAUCCCAUAACAUCGUCUCCGACAUAUAUAAGAAUGACACAACAAUUUGAUUUUACUAAUCAUUCACAUCGUCGUCACAACCCAUUAACCAAUACUUACGUCUUAUGCUCUCCUCAUCGAGCAAAAAGACCUUGGCAAGGUGCUCGUGAAGAAGUCAAGAAGACGAAUUUACCAGACUAUGAUCCUAAAUGUUAUUUAUGUCCAGGAAAUAUCAGAGCUACUGGUGAUGUUAAUCCUAAAUUUGAUUCUACUUUUAUAUUCACUAAUGAUUAUCCAGCUGUGAAGUUAGACCAACCUGAUUAUACUGAAGAAGAAGAAAGUGAUACAUUAAAGGGAAGAUUACUUAAAACUGAAGGUGUUAAGGGUAAAUGUUUCGUUAUAUGUUUCAGUCCAAACCAUAACUUAACUAUACCUAUAAUGACUAUAAAAGAGUUAGUAAAGGUAGUUAACACUUGGCAAAAGUUGUAUAAUGAUUUACAAACAGAAGCCUUAAGUGGUGAUGCUCCAUAUAAAUAUUUACAAAUUUUUGAAAAUAAAGGUUUUGCUAUGGGUUGUUCAAAUCCCCAUCCUCAUGGUCAAGCUUGGUGUUUGGAUGUCGUGCCUACUGAAGUUGAUCAUGAAUUAGAAAACAUGGGAAACUAUCAUAGAAAGUAUCAUUCUCAUUUACUUGGUGAUUAUAUUAAACUUGAAUUAGAAGAAAAAGAAAGAGUUGUUCUUGAAAAUGAUUCCUUCAUUGUUGUGGUUCCAUAUUGGGCUUUAUGGCCCUUUGAAACUUUAGUGAUGUCCAAAGAGCAUUUAACAUCCACUGCUGAUUUUAAUGAAAAGCACAAGACUGAUUUAGCCUCGAUUUUAAAGAAAUUAACUACCAAGUAUGAUAAUCUUUUCAAUACCUCAUUCCCAUAUUCGAUGGGUAUUCAUCAAGCUCCAUUAAAAUGUUCCGAAGAAGAAAAGAACGCUUCAUGGUUCCACAUGCAUUUCUAUCCACCUUUAUUAAGAUCAGCUACGGUUAAGAAAUUCUGUGUUGGUUUUGAAAUGUUAGGAGAACCACAAAGAGAUUUAACCAGUGAACAAGCUGCUGCAAGAUUAAUAGAGUUAAAUGGAGAUAAACAUUUUAUGGAAUAAAUACAUAUAGAAGUACGUAAAUAAUGAUUUUUAUUUGAUUUAAUUAGGAAUUAGAUUAAUAAUGUAUAAUAAUAUUAAAAACAACCCAAAA